AUCAUGGGGGUGUCUUGAGCUGAAGCAGGGUGUCGGGUCCCUGCUGCCGCCGCCACUGUCACUGCUGUGUCAGCUCUGGGUAACCUUCUGUGAGUGGUGGACCAGGGCUGUUGAGCUGCCUGCCAUCUCAAAACCCAGCUGUGAGCCAGCGUGGCGGGGGCUGUGCCUCCGCCGCCUGCAUGGAAGCCAGGAGCUGGGCUCCCAGAGGGCAUCUGUGCCCACCGGGCAGCAUGUUGCUGGCCUUUGCCUCUCUGCUCGGCUGCCUGCUCACCUCCAGCCAAGCCAGGGUCUACAGUCGCUGCGAGCUGGCCAAAGUGCUCCAGGAUUUCGGCAUGGAGGGAUACCGGGGAUACACCCUGGCUGACUGGGUCUGUCUUGCAUAUUUCACAAGUGGCUUCAACACAGCUGCUGUGGACCACGAGGCUGAUGGAAGUACUAACAACGGCAUUUUCCAGAUCAACAGCCGGAAGUGGUGCAAAAAUCUCAACACAGAGGUCCCCAAUGUGUGCCAGAUGUACUGCUCUGACUUGUUGAAUCCUAACCUUAAGGAUACUGUUAUCUGUGCCAUGAAGAUCACUCAACAGCCCCAAGGUCUGGCCAGCUGGGAGGCCUGGAGGCGUCACUGCCAGGGCAAGGACCUCACAGACUGGGUGGAUGGCUGUGACUUGUAGGAUCCUCUGUGGAUGGACCAGGCCACGCACAGCAGGCUGGGAGAUGUGGUUUGGUUUCUGAUCCAGGCUUGGGAAGACAAGCCGACCAAUAAAGUAUAGUCUAACAU